GAAAGAAAGAAAGAAGAAUGUCUAGUGUCGGCACAGGAGACUGAUACAUGCCGAUCAUAUCAUCUCUUGACCAGGGGGGACUUUUUGCGGGCAUCCUUCUUUUGUCGGGCAUCUAUCGGGAUCAUUCAUAGACGGAGUACAUGGCGAGAUAUUGCACAGACGCCGUGAACGAAUGAAGCACAGACUCGGAGAAGUCACCCUAUGGCAGUCAAGCCUGGACACACGGACCACAACUUUUUGUCUGGUUCAUCUCUAAUGAGCUGCCGAGGGCGUGGCAAUUCCACAUGGGACCUCCAUCUGAACACGCGGUACACCAUGCCUCUCGUUCUUAGCGUCCAGAGAUUUCUCAACUCUGGUACGGAUCCUUGUUUUCUAGUAUGUUCGUUCGCUCCCACAUUCCACCAGGAAAGAAGGAUGGUCCACCAACAAGGAAAAGUAGCCGCUGCCCACGUUGAUACUAGGGUUUCCCAGUUUGACUUUUUGAUCUUUAUCUUUUUUUCCCGUUUUGGUUCGAGGGAAGAAAAAAAUCAAAUCAAAUCAAAUAAACCAGGCGGACGAGGACGAGUGAAACCAGCAGGGCUGGUGCGAAGCAGACUAAGGCCGCACCGGGAGUAUCGACAUCAAACUAGUGGGUUUCGUUAACGCAGCAGGAGCCAUUCGACGACCGGGGAGACUCUC